CGUAUCAGUCGCGAGCAUCAGCUGAUGAUUGAACACUGAACAGUUUGAACUGGCUUUUCUUUCUUGGUAAUCGGUAUCUUGCUUUCUACUACCUGCACAUCACCUGAACUAAGACAUAACACCCACUGGUUGCAUACUUCUCUUUGGUGUAUAUUUUUUUCGGAAGUAAUUUAUUUGACAGGACGCGCCCCGGGAAGGAUGGCUGCCAUCAAGGCGCUUCAACAGUGGUGCAAACUUCAGUGCAAUGGGUACCGAGAUGUGGCUAUCAUCAACAUGACAACUUCUUUUAGGGACGGAUUGGCGUUCUGUGCGCUUAUCCAUAAAUACAGACCGGACCUAAUAGACUAUGACUCCUUGAAUAAAGAGGAUAUUUUUGACAACAACAACUUGGCUUUCCGGGUUGCAGAGGACAAGCUGGGGAUUGCUGCUCUGCUGGAUGCAGAGGACAUGGUGGCCCUGAGGAUCCCAGACCGACUGAGCAUCCUCACCUACGUCUCCCAGUACUACAACUACUUCCACGGACGCAACCCUAUUGGAGGGGUGGGUGCUGUGAAAAGACCAGCAGAGGGCUCCAAGGAGGAGCCGUGUGGAAAGAAGAAUCUCCCGGUGGUGGCCAAAACCAUGGUGUAUAAAAUGGCCAUAGAGAAUCGUCCACCUCCUUCCUCUCUCAUGGUGAAAACCUCCCCCAAAGCAACCAGAGCUGCUGUUCAGAAGACUGAUGUAUUGGUGGAGAGCUCCAAUAAGACGGGCACUCUCAGCAGUAAAUGUGUUGUGUGCAAAUGCCACGUUCAUCUGGUCCAACGGCACUUCAUCGAUGGGAAGCUUUACCACAGGAGCUGCUUCAAGUGCAGUGAAUGCUCCAACGUCCUCCUGGCUGGGGCCUAUAAACCAGGGAAGGAGCCAGGUUGCUUCAUCUGUAAUGACCACCAGAACACCAAGAAUGACUACAACAAGCCUCCCUCUGGGAUUGUCAUCCAGACCGGAUGCCCAAGUGCCAACGUUGAAUCCAAAAGUGACACCAGAGUCCAGUCUGUGUCCUGCCCCACCUCUGUGCCUUUGACUCCCAUCAAGGGUGUCUUGAAGCCCGUGGAGACCACCACCCCAGCUCCCCAACCAUGGCCCAGCUCGGCCCAGAGAACCCAGGCAGCACGGCAGAGGUUCUUCCAGUCAUCUUCCUCCACCCCAGAGGUCCCCUCCAGCAGCCAGAAGUCCUCCCUACUGCCAAGUGUGCCCCUGAGUCCUGAGGAAGAGAAGAACCGAGCCAGGGCCGUCAUUACCAAGAAACUAGUUGAGGCGAACUGCAACAACAAUAACACCAGAUACUUUGUUAUCCGACCAGCAGAAAGGAGGUUUGAAGAUAUGGUAAGCUCAGAUGACCUCCCUAGCUGGAAGCAGGCUGAAUGUGGGCCAGGCACAGCAGGACAACUCUUCACCAGCAAUAAGGAAUUGCUUAACACCGUCAACAAAGCCAGCGCCAGACCAACAACCGUAUCCUCCACCAUCAAAGUAAAUGCCGACCGUGCAGAGGCUCCUGUUAACUGGCGAUCAAAGCUCAAGCCUGUUAAAAAUGGACCAGGACUGAAGACCUCUGACUCUGAGAACCAAGCAAUCAUUGUUGAGCAACCCAAACCUGAAGCCAUCUUGAAGUCUUUUGCUACGAGUAUCGUCGUCAACAUCCGCUCUACCUCUCCCCCGAUUCCCCCACCUGCCUUCAACCCUCCUCCACCUGGCCAAGUGUCUCACAGAGCUCCGUCUCCCAAGCAGCCCCAUUGCGGCUCUGGAGGCUUGGGUACUAAAAAUGGGAAUUAUUCUACUCCUCUGUUGUCCACUCCUCCCCUGGUUCCUGUCUGGCACAAGGUUCACACUCCAAAUAAGCCUCACCACAGCUUUGCAGGAUCGGGCUCAACGGAUGGCAAUUCUCCCCCUAUAUCUCCUAAACAGCUUUGCCAGAGCUCCACAGGUUCCAAAAAUGGAAAGUAUUUGUCACCCACAAACACCUCCCAGUCUGAAAUGAGGUCACCCUCGUCCCAUCAUAUCCCCACGGACCAGAUAGUGAAAGAGCUGCGUGAUAUUGAAGACAUCCUGGGUGACUUGGAGAGGAAGGGAGUGGAGAUGGAGAAGAGGCUUCGCAGCUGUGAGGAAGAGGGCAAGGGGGACAUUUUGAUGGACCCUCUGAUGGUUGACUGGUUCAACCUGAUCCAAAAGAAGCAGACAUGCAUUAGGAGGGAGUCGGAGCUUGUGUACAUAGCUAAGACUCAAGACCUGGAGGAGCAGCAGCCUGGGGUGGAGGGUGAGCUGCGCAGACUUUUGGAGAAACCAGAUCAUCUGAAGUCGACAGAGGAGCGUCGGCGAGAGAGCAGUCUGAUGGAGAGGCUGAUGGAGAUUGUGAACGGUAGAAACGCCAUUGUAGAAGGACUGGAUGAAGACAGGCUCAGGGAAGAUGAAGAGGAUCAGCAGUUGAAUGAAAUGAUGCAGACUCUUGGUGAGUAUUUUAAGAUGCCACUGUCUUUAAACCCUGGGAUGUUCCUUAAUGUCAUUUUCUCUCUUUGGUCUGGUGGACAGGACUUAAAAAAUCCAAAAUCAAGAGGAAGUCCUUCAAAAUGCUGUUCAGACGAAAAAGUAGUAGAAAGGUCGCCGUGUUUUGAUUGUUCUACCCUGCUCUGGGGGGGUAGUAUGCGUUUUCCAGUGUGUCUGGAUUGUAUUUAAAUGAGGUUUAUAUUUUCAAGUGCGUGUGUACACCAACUUAUGUUCAUGCUGGUAUUGGAGUUGUGCUAAUAAGUAACAAGAUUGUCUGUUGCUCAUCCUGAAAGAUCUGAAGGUCAAAGACCAACUUUUUUUCAGCUACUUAUCAGAUCAAGUUGGUUUUGUCGCAAAGGUUUAUUUAGAAAUGCUUUUUGUUUGAGAAGACUCCAGGCUUUCACUCUUCAUUUAGUGUUCAGUUGUUCUUGAGAUGGGUCUCAUGACACUUGACUGAUCAUAAUGUGUUGUUUUUGUCCCUUGUAAAGGUGUGGUGUAUAUCUAAGAUCACAAUUUAGCUCAUGGUUUGCUUAAUUUUGUAACCCCCCCCCCCCCCCACACACACACAUCUAGUUUGUGAUUGUUGUGAAGAGGUGUUCAAGAGUCACUGUUAGAAUGAGUCAAAAGCAAAAUAAUGUAACUGGUAUUGUUGCACCGGAUAAUGGUGGAGAAUCCAUAUCACUGGGAUUUAAGAAGUUUGCCCUUAUGAGUGUUUUUAGCUCCAGUAUGUCUAUUUUAAUACCAAUGUAUUUUAUUAUGCUUCCAAAAAGUAUUACAAACAGUAACAUUUUGAGUGGAAUCUGUCUAGACCAGUGAAGUGGUGAGCAGCGUGUUCUACACUGCCACAUUUUAAAGGCUGUAUUUCUCCUGUCGUGCUGUAGGUGGCACCAUGGUUUUACCUUAUAGGAACCAGGCAGGAACCUGAAUCCAAUUCGCCACAGUACAGACAGUUAAUUUCUUUUCUAAUUUUAUAAAUGCUGCAAAAAGUUCCAACUCUGCUGAUGCAAUAACAUUGUGAAAGCUUACGUAGAGCAGUAGCUUAUGCACAGGAAAAGGCUUAUAGACUAGUGGUUGUAUUGAGCUUUUAAUCUUAAACCUGGUUUAAUUAAACAUACAUUAGUAUAGAAUGAUCUACUGAAGCAUUGUUUUAAGUAAACAUUGUUGGCAUUUGGCGUCAUCUGUGAAACUGCUGUUUGUGAGGUAUGCACAGGUCCCAGUGUCUCGUGACUUUAAAAAAUUGGAAGGAAUGUUAAAUGAAUCUGUACAUAAUGUGUAUUUAUAUUUUUAAUUGAAAUGAGUUGGCUGUCCAAUAAAUAAUUUGAACAUC